AUGACCCCCGAGCUCUCAUCACACAGAGAGGUGGGUACGGUGGACACACAGCAGGAUAUGGUCCAGGAGAGAGACCUGCUCCUGUUUAACGGAAAAUGGGAAGGCACUUCCUCAGCAUCCACAGGUCACAUCACCUCUCUUCCUGUCACUGAUGCUUCCUCAGCAUCCACAGGUCAUGCCACCCCUCUUCCUGUCACUAACGCUUCCUCAGCAUCCACAGGUCACACCACCCCUCUUCCUGUCACCAGCGCUUCCUCAGCAUCCACAGGUCACACCACCUCUCUUCCUGUCACUGACACUUCUUCAGCAUCCACAGGUCACACCACCCCUCUUCCUGUCACUGACACGUCCUCAGCAUCCACAGGUCACACCACCCCUCAUCCUGUCACCAGCGCUUCCUCAGCAUCCACAGGUCACAUCACCCCUCUUCCUGUCACUGACGCUUCCUCAGCAUCCACAGGUCACACCACCUCUCUUCCUGUCACUGACACUUCUUCAGCAUCCACAGGUCACGCCACCCCUCUUCCGGUCACCAGCACUUCCUCAGCAUCCACAGGUCACACCACCUCUCUUCCUGUCACUGACACUUCCUCAGCUUCCACAGGUCACGCCCGAGGAAGUGUCAGUGACAGGAAGAGGGGUGGCAUGACCUGUGGAUGCUGA